AAGGUACUACUGGGUAAGCGGAGAUCAACUACUCGAGAUGGCAGUAGUACUACGUCUCCAAAUGUCACAGUGGCAGUCGCUGUCGUUCUCGAGGACUUCUCCUUCUACCUCAAGCCGUCUGCACCUGAGACUCACAACCUGACCGACUUCAAAAAGGCGAAUUUCAGGCUAACAAACUGAGUCAAAUACGCAUAUCCAGCAUCACCCGCUACAGCCACCGCAAUGGCAGAACGACCGACCUUCAGUCACGAGCAGCUGGAACAAUACUACAAGCGCAUAUGCCUACCAGAAGAGAAGCAAGUCUACGAUGUCGCCGGAAUGUCCCACGACGACAAGCUGGAUUUCCUCAAUCUGCUCAUGAAGCACCAACUCUGCAAAGUGCCGUGGGAAAACUUGACUCAGCAUUACAGCUGGCACAAAGUCGUCAAUGUGAAGCCCCAGCACCUCUUCCGGAAAAUUGUCCACCAGCACGGCCGAGGCGGGUAUUGUAUGGAAGCGAAUUCGUUCUUCCACACCGUCCUCCUCAGUCUCGGAUUCGACGUCUACAUGUGCGGAUGUCGAAUCUACAGUCCUGCGAAACAGGCCUAUGGAGGCUGGACCCACGUGGUCAACAUCGUGACCAUUGCUGGUGUGAAGUAUUUGCUCGAUGGGGGUUUUGGCGGAUCAGGACCUUCCAAACCCGUGCCACUUCAUCACCAGGAGAUCACACAUCAGAUCGCGCCCGCACAGAUGAGGCUGUGUUUCGAGUCUCUCCGACAGAAUCUCAACAGCUCGUAUAAAGUUUGGGUAGUGCAAAUCCGCUACGACGAGGAGGAAGACAGUAACUGGACGCCAAUCUACUCUUUUCCCGAUUUCGAAUUCCUCCCCGAGGACGUCGAAGCAAUGAAUUUACAGCCGUGGUUGAGCCCUCACACCUUCUUCACGCACAAGGUCGUAGCAGUGCGUUUCACGACAUCGAAGGAAUGUAAUGGGACAAAAGGUCCUGGCAGUCCCGACGAGCACGCUCUGCUGGAUGCCGACAUUGAUGGUGCUAUUACCCUGAAUCAGGACGUUUUGACUUGGCGCAGAAGUGGGAAGAAAGUGGUGCAGAUGCCACUUCGGACAGAGAGUGAUAGGAUCGAGGCUUUGCUCAUGUACUUUGGUAUCAAACUGAGCGAUGAAGACGUCGAAGGUAUACGAGGUACGGCAGCUGAAAUCGGUGCUAAAGCUCCUGGUUGA